GAGCGAGAGGGAAGAAACAAGAUGGCGGCUGCAGGCGAUCCGGAGCGGGGCCCCGGCAAUUCGGACUGAGCCUUCUCUCUCCAGCCCGCCGCCGCCGGGCCGCGCCCCUCCCGCCCGGGCCUCGGCGCCCUCCCCUCCCCCUCGGCCCCGGCGCCCCCCGCCGCCCCUCCCCCACCUCCGCUCCCCCCCUCCCCUCAGCCGCGGCUCCGACAUGAGGGGCCGGCGGGGCAGGCCGCCCAAGCAGCCCGCGGCUCCCGCUGCGGAGCGCUGCGCCCCGGCCCCGCCGCCGCCGCCGCCGCCUCCGCCGCCGCCGCCUCCGCCUCCGCCGCCGCCGCCGCCGCCCGCGUCCGGACCCAUCGGGGGGCUGCGCUCGCGGCACCGCGGCAGCAGUCGGGGCAGGUGGGCCGCCGCCCAGGCUGAGGUGGCGCCCAAGACGCGGCUGAGCUCGCCCCGGGGGGGCGGCCGCAGGAAGCAGCCGCCGCCGCCGCCGCCGGCCUCCGCCAGCAGCGCCAGCGGCCCGGGCCGGGGGGGCCGGGGAGGCGGGGGCGGCAGGACGGGGGGCGGGGGCGGCCACCUGGCCCGGACCACCCCGGCCCGCCGCGCCGUCAACAAAGUGGUGUACGAUGACCACGAGAGCGAGGACGACGACGAGGAGGAGGACAUGGUCUCGGAGGAGGACGAGGACGAGGAGGAGGAGGACGGCGACGCCGAGGAGACCCAGGAUUCCGAGGACGAGGAGGAGGAUGACAUGGAGGAGGACGACGAUGACUCCGAUUAUCCGGAGGAGAUGGAGGACGACGCCGACGACGCCAGUUACUGCACGGAGAGCAGCUUCAGGAGCCAUAGUACAUACAGCAGCACUCCAGGUAGGCGAAAACCAAGAGUGCAUCGGCCUCGUUCUCCAAUAUUAGAAGAAAAAGACAUCCCGCCCCUUGAAUUUCCCAAGUCCUCUGAGGAUUUAAUGGUGCCCAACGAGCAUAUAAUGAGUGUCACUGCCAUUUAUGAGGUGGUGCGGAACUUUGGCAGCGUUUUAAGGUUGUCCCCCUUUUGCUUUGAGGACUUCUGUGCGGCUCUUGUGAGCCAAGAGCAGUGCACACUCAUGGCGGAGAUGCACGUGGCGCUUCUGAAAGCGGUUCUGCGAGAAGAGGACACAUCCAACACCACCUUUGGCCCCGCGGACCUGAAGGACAGUGUGAAUUCCACCCUGUAUUUCAUCGACGGGAUGACGUGGCCCGAGGUCCUGCGGGUGUACUGUGAGAGUGAUAAGGAGUACCAUCACGUCCUCCCUUACCAGGAGGCAGAGGACUACCCGUACGGGCCGGUGGAGAACAAAGUCAAAGUCCUGCAGUUCCUAGUCGACCAGUUCCUCACCACCAACAUCGCCCGGGAGGAGCUGAUGUCUGAAGGGGUCAUCCAGUACGACGACCAUUGUAGGGUCUGUCACAAACUGGGAGAUUUGCUGUGCUGUGAGACAUGCUCAGCUGUGUACCAUUUGGAAUGUGUGAAGCCGCCUCUUGAAGAGGUACCAGAGGACGAGUGGCAGUGUGAAGUCUGUGUAGCACACAAGGUGCCUGGGGUGACUGACUGUGUUGCUGAAGUCCAAAAGAAUAAACCAUACGUUCGACACGAACCUAUUGGCUAUGACAGAUGCCGGAGGAAAUACUGGUUUUUAAACCGAAGACUCAUAAUAGAAGAAGACACAGAGAAUGAAAAUGAAAAGAAAGUUUGGUAUUACAGCACAAAGGUCCAGCUCGCAGAGUUAAUAGACUGUCUAGACAAAGAUUACUGGGAAGCAGAACUAUGCAAAAUUCUAGAAGAAAUUCGAGAAGAGAUGCACCAGCACAUGGACAUAACUGAAGACCUGACCAACAAAGCUCGGGGCAGCAACAAAUCCUUUCUGGCGGCAGCUAAUGAAGAAAUUUUGGACUCCUUAAGAAUCAAAAGAGGGGAAGAUAUUGACUGUGAUCAGAACCCAGAAGAAACAGAAAAAGACAAGAAUGAGGUCGAGAGUGACAACUCCAAAAAUGCUGAGAAGAGCAGAGAGGAGUCGGAAGACCAGUCCCUUGAAAAGGACAGUGAUGACAAAGUCUCUAAUGAAGAGCCUGGGCAAGGAAAACCUGAGGAGCCAGCAGAAGUUGGGGAUAGAGGGAACUCUGCGCCAGCAAAUCUUGGCGACAACACCACAAAUGCUUCUUCAGAAGAGACUAGUCCCUGUGCAGGGAGGAGCCCCGAGGGCUGUCUCUCAGACACCCAUGAUAGCAGCAGCAUGGCAGAGAAGAAGGUGGCAUCUGAGCUCCCCCCGGAUGUACCAGAAGACUCUAACAAGACAUGUGACAGCAGUAACACUAGUGCUACCACUGCCUCCAUCCAGCCUAAUCUGGAAAACAGUAGCAGCAGCAGUGAGCUCGGUUCUGCCCAGAGUGACUCUGCUGAGGCAGCGGAUGAUCCUGAAAUUGGAGAAAGAGACUCCCAUACACCUGUCUCUGCUCAGGAAGAGAUAGGUGAUUUCAGAUUGGAGAAGUCUAAUGGAGAAAUCGCCGAGUCCCCUGGAGCUGGGAAAGGAGCAUCUGGCUCCACUCGGAUCAUCACCAGAUUGCGGAACCCAGAUAGCAAACUCAGUCAGCUGAAGAGCCAACAGGUGGCAGCCGCAGCCCACGAAGCAAACAAGUUGUUUAAGGAGGGCAAAGAGGUGCUGGUAGUUAACUCCCAAGGAGAAGUAUCUCGCCUGAGUGCCAAAAAGGAAGUGGUCAUGAAAGGGAACAUCAGCAAUUAUUUUAAGCUGGGACAAGAGGGGAAGUAUCGCGUCUACCACAAUCAGUACUCGACCAACUCAUUUGCUCUGAACAAGCACCAGCACAGGGAAGAUCAUGAUAAGAGGAGGCACCUUGCACACAAGUUCUGUCUCACUCCCGCCGGGGAGUUCAAGUGGAAUGGAUCUGUCCACGGCUCCAAAGUCCUGACCAUAUCUACGCUGAGGCUCACCAUCACGCAGCUGGAAAGCAACAUCCCUUCUUCCUUUCUUCACCCCAAUUGGGCCUCACACAGGGCCAAUUGGAUCAAGGCUGUCCAGAUGUGCAGUAAACCCAGGGAGUUUGCACUGGCCCUCGCAAUUUUGGAGUGUGCAGUGAAGCCGGUUGUAAUGCUGCCAAUAUGGCGGGAGUCUUUAGGACACACCAGGUUACACAGGAUGACAUCAAUUGAAAGGGAAGAAAAGGAGAAAGUUAAAAAAAAGGAGAAAAAACAAGAGGAGGAGGAAACAAUGCAGCAAGCCACAUGGGUAAAAUACACAUUCCCAGUGAAACAUCAGGUUUGGAAACAAAAAGGAGAGGAAUACAGAGUGACAGGGUAUGGCGGCUGGAGCUGGAUUAGUAAAACACAUGUUUAUAGGUUUCUUCCAAAAUUACCUGGCAAUACUAAUGUGAACUACAGGAAGCCCUUUGAAGGAACCAAAAAUAAUACGGAUGAAAAUAAGGAUGAACCAGAUAAAAGAAAAAGUCCACGAAGUCCAAAAAAAAUUAAGACAGAGUGUGAUUCUGAGAAAGGUGAGGCAAAAGAUGCAAGUGCUACAGCUGGAGCAGACGAUAGUGCAAUGGAGCUCUCCAAGGUGCCUGAGAAGAAGGAGCAAGAUGUAAAAGAACUUUUAGAUUCUGAUAAUGACAAGUCCUUCAAGGAAGAACCAAUGGAGAUCGAUGAUAAUGUGAAAACAGAGUCACAUGUGGACUGUCAGGAGAGCACGCAAGUGGACGUGGUCAAUGUCAGUGAGGGGUUUCAUCUAAGGACUAGUUACAAAAAGAAAACAAAAUCCUCUAAGUUGGACGGACUUCUGGAACGGAGGAUUCGACAGUUUACACUGGAAGAGAAACAGCGCCUUGAAAAGUUAAAGCUGGAGAGCGGCCUGAAGGGGGUAGGCAAGUCCCCCACAGGCGCUUUGAAAAGCUCCUCUGAAUCCCCAAUAUCCACAAAAGCAAUCGAAGGAUGUCGGGGUGACUUGCUUAGACAGGAACAAACCCCCAGUCCAAGUCAGGCUAGCCCUGCAGACGUGGGCCAGGAUUGCUCACAAAGUGAGUCCUUGGUUCUUGGCAUCAGUGGUCCUAGUCCCAGCACAAACAAACUGUAUCCAAAAGAUCAAGUAUUAGAUGAUGUCUCCACUCAGAGUCCAGGGCCAGACUGUCAGAGACAGAACUCUGUUGACAGUGACCUAGAUACCAGUAUCUCUGAACCUGCCAGUAAGGGACUGGAGCUGAGUCAAACUAAAACAAAAGGAAGUGACUCUUUCAUUGAUGACUCUACACCAACCAGGGCAGAUGAUGCUGGCAAUUUCAUCUAUCAGAGCAAGAAACCACCCUCACAGGAAGAUAGCAGCAGCAUUGUGUCUUCUUCCAAGAGCACAUUGCCUGCAUCAGUACCUGAAAGUACCAUUGACAGAGAUGCCCGGUCCUCACCAAAAGCAUCGGACUUCGAUGGGAAAGGAGGUUGUGACUCUAAAUAUAAUAGCACUUUGGAAAAUAGUUCUGAUACUGUGUGUGUUCAGGGUAGUAGUGAAGAAGACAUGAUUGUUCAGAAUAGCAGUGAGCAGUUUAUAACUCCAGACCAAGGUGUUCAUAGUGUAGAGCCGUCAAAAUGUGAGUUACUUUCUAAAUCCACCGAAAAUUGUGAAGACAAACUACAGGGUAAGGUAACUGAAUCAAAUGGUAAGAAAACAGUCCAGAACCAAAAGCUGGAUGAGAGACCAGUUAACAAAUGCACUGACCAAACAAGCCUAAAACAUACCACUGACAAAAAGAAUAAUGAAAAUAGAGAGUCUGAAAAGAAAGGACAGAAGGCAAAUAAAUUUCAAAUAAAUGGCAAAGAGAGUAAAACUAAAGGUUAUCUCAAGGGGCAGUGUGUGAAGGAUGGCUCUGACAGUAAAGCUGUGAGUGGUACUGCUGAACCAAAGGUCAAUAAUAUCAAUAAAGCCAUCCCUGGAAAUGUCAAGUCACUGGCUGUUAAAGAAUCUGCUGUGAAGCCGGUCGUCAAUGGUGACGUCAUCAUGGAAGAUUUCAAUGAACAGAACAGUUCAGAAACCAACUCACAUUCACUGAGUUCUUCAGAUGCCAAAGGGAAUCACCAAGAUGGCCUCCAUGUCUUACUAGCCACCAAAGCGCCUGACAGUACACAGGUAACCAUACCCCCAGCCCCUCAUUCAGAAUGUAGCUCAUUAAACCAGGUGGAAGACAUGGAAACGGAUGGUCCAGAGGGUAAGAAGGCUACUCCAUCCCCUGUUAGGACAGAGGACUCUACCCUUAGUGAGGACUUGAUGGAUGAAAAUGGUCUGUCCUCCAGCAACGAUGAGAAUGUCAAUGGAGAAUCCAGAAGGAAAACGGUCAUCACAGAAGUCACCACAAUGACGUCCACGGUUGCCACAGAAUCAAAAACUGUCAUUAAGGUAGCAAAGGGGGACAAGCAAACUGUGGUUUCUUCCACAGAGAACUGUGCCAGAUCCACUGUCACAACUACCACUACCACUGUGACAAAGCUCUGCACGCCCUGCACAGACAGUGGUGUGGACACCAUCUCUGUAAAGGAGCAGAGCAAGACCGUGGUCACCACGACCGUGACGGACUCCCUGACCACUGCAGGAAGCACACUGGUGACAUCUAUGACAGUGAGCAAAGAGUACUCCACAAGAGACAGAGUAAAGCUCAUGAAGUUCUCAAGACCCAGGAAGACCCGCUCAGGAACAGCCCUGCCAUCCUACAGGAAAUUCGUUACCAAGAGCAGCAAAAAGAGCAUAUUCGUGUUGCCCAGCGAUGACUUGAAAAAGCUGGCCAGGAAAGGAGGGAUCCGAGAAGUCCCUUACUUUAAUUAUAAUGCAAAACCUGCGUUGGAUAUAUGGCCAUAUCCUUCUCCUAGACCAACCUUUGGUAUCACAUGGAGGUACAGACUUCAGACGGUGAAGUCCUUAGCAGGAGUGAGCCUGAUGUUACGGUUACUCUGGGCCAGUUUGAGAUGGGAUGACAUGGCAGCCAAGGCUCCUCCAGGAGGAGGGACUACACGGACAGAAACUUCUGAAACUGAAAUCACAACCACAGAGAUAAUUAAGAGGCGUGAUGUGGGUCCUUACGGCAUUCGUUCUGAGUAUUGUAUCAGGAAGAUCAUUUGUCCCAUUGGAGUUCCAGAAGCACCGAAAGAAACACCCACACCUCAGCGGAAAGGCCUUCGAUCAAGUGCGCUGCGACCAAAGAGACCAGAAACACCCAAGCAGACGGGCCCAGUUAUCAUUGAAACCUGGGUGGCGGAAGAGGAGCUGGAACUCUGGGAGAUCAGGGCUUUCGCUGAGAGAGUGGAGAAAGAAAAGGCUCAAGCGGUGGAGCAGCAGGCUAAGAAACGCUUGGAGCAGCAGAAACCUGCAGUCGUAGCGUCCACCACGUCCCAAACAAACAGCACGAGCAGCACCGUCUCCCCAGCUCAGAAGGUGAUGGUGGCUCCCUUGAGUGGCUCAGUCACCCCUGGAACAAAGAUGGUGCUAGCCACAAAAGUUGGAUCUCCUGCCACAGUCACAUUCCAGCAAAACAAGAACUUCCAUCAAACUUUUGCCACGUGGGUGAAGCAAGGCCAAUCCAAUUCAGGCGUGGUCCAAGUGCAGCAGAAAGUCCUGGGCAUCAUCCCAUCGACCACAGGUCCAAGUCAGCAGACCUUUACCUCAUUCCAGCCCAGGACCACAACCGUCACAAUUAGGCCCAAUACCUCAGCCUCUGCAGGAACCACCACCGCGUCACAGGUAAUCACAGGGCCUCAGAUCCGCCCUGGUAUGACUGUGAUUAGAACACCACUACAACAGCCAACACUAGGAAAGGCGAUUAUUCGAACACCUGUGAUGGUGCAGCCAGGUGCUCCCCAACAAGUGGUAACUCAGAUCAUCCGAGGACAGCCUGUUUCUACCGCCAUUUCCGCCCCGAGUCCGGCUUCUGCAGCACCUGUGCAAAAAGGCUUACCUCCAGCAGCAGCAGCUGGGACCGCACAGCCUUCACCCCCACACACACCCCGCCCGCAGCAAGGGCAAGUGAAGCUCACCAUGGCGCAGCUCACUCAGCUGACACAGGGCCAUGGUGGCAACCAAGGCUUAACAGUAGUAAUUCAAGGACAAGGUCAGACUACUGGACAGUUGCAGUUGAUACCUCAGGGGAUGACGGUUCUUCCAGGGCCAGGACAGCAGCUCAUGCAAGCUGCAAUGCCAAAUGGCACCGUUCAGCGGUUCCUCUUUACCCCACUGACUACAGCAGCUACGGCCGCCAGCAGCAGCAGCAGCAGCAGCACUACCACCACCAAUACUACAGCAGCAGGUUCAGGUGAACAAAAACAAAGUAAAUUAUUACCCCAGCCCCAGGUACAACCAGCCACAACCCUGGCACAAACUCCAUCACCAUCAUCGAGUGUGAGUCCUGCAGAAGCGCAGCCUCAGACUACUCAGCCUGCAGCACAGUCCCUGCCCCUCCCCCCACCCGCAGCGCAGCCUGAAGUCCAGACCCAGCCUCCUGUCUCGCCCCAUGUCCCUUCUGAAGCACAGCCAUCUAAACCCCAAGUUGCAGCACAGUGUCCGCCUCAGAGCAAUGUCCAAGGACAGUCUCCUGUUCGUGUCCAGAGCCCACCACUGACUCGAAUACGUCCAUCAACUCCAUCCCAAGUGACUCCUGGACAGCAGCCCCAGGUUCAGACUCCAGCUUCACAGCCGGUUCCACUUCCAUCCCCCACAUCUCUGCAGGCGCCUUCCCAAGGCCAGCCACAGUCACAGCCCCAGGUACAGUCUUCAGCUCAAACUCUUCCAUCAGGACAGAUAUUAAAUCAUGCUACUGUCUCAGCCCCACCCCGUCCUCAGCCACAAACACAGCAGCCGCAGCCCCAAGUCAUUUCUGUGCCUCCGCUCCAGCAAGUCCAGGUUCUCUCUCAGAUCCAGCCGCAGGUUGCGGCUCAGAUACAGGCUCAGCAAGGUGGUGUGCCCCAGCAAAUCAAACUGCAGUUGCCCAUUCAAAUUCAGCAAAACAGUGCUGUGCAGACUCAGCAUGUUCAGAGUGUGGUCACAGUGCAGGCAGCCAGUGUGCAAGAGCAGUUGCAGAGGGUUCAGCAACUCAGGGAUCAGCAGCAAAAGAAGAAGCAGCAGAUAGAAAUUGAGCGUGAACACACCCUCCAAGCUUCUAACCAAAGUGAAAUCAUUCAGAAACAGGUGGUGAUGAAGCAUAAUGCUGUACUAGAGCAUUUAAAACAGAAAAAGACCAUGACUCCAGCUGAAAGAGAAGAAAAUCAAAGAAUGAUUGUCUGUAACCAGGUGAUGAAGUACAUUCUGGAUAAGAUAGAUAAAGAAGAAAAGCAGGCAGCAAAGAAACGCAAGCGAGAGGAGAGUGUGGAGCAGAAGCGGAGCAAACAGAACGCCAGCAAGCUCUCCGCUCUGCUGUUCAAACACAAGGAGCAGCUCAAAGCCGAGAUCCUGAAAAAGAGGGCGCUCCUGGACAAAGAGCUGCAGAUCCAAGUGCAGGAAGAGCUGAAGAGAGACCUGAAAAUAAAGAAGGAGAAAGAUAUGGCACAGGUGACACACGUCAGUGCUGCCACAGUACCCACACCCUCAGUGCCAGCGUCAGCACCAGCACCAGUGCCAGCGUCAGCGCCAGCUGCCCCUCCAGCUCCUCUUCCUCCUCCUUCGCCUCCCUCAGCACACAGUCUGCAGCCUGCAGGCCACCCCACAGCCCCACUGCCUGUCGCUUCCCAGAAGAGGAAGCGGGAGGAGGAGAGGGACUCCAAGUCCAAAAAGAAGAAGAUGAUCUCCACCACCUCCAAGGAGGCCAAAAAGGACACAAGGCUGUACUGCAUCUGCAAGACGCCAUAUGACGAGUCUAAGUUCUAUAUUGGCUGUGAUCUUUGUACUAACUGGUAUCAUGGAGAAUGUGUUGGCAUCACAGAAAAGGAGGCUAAGAAAAUGGAUGUGUACAUCUGUAAUGAUUGUAAGCGGGCACAAGAGGGCAGCAGUGAGGAAUUGUACUGUAUCUGCAGGACACCUUAUGAUGAGUCACAAUUUUAUAUUGGCUGUGAUCGGUGUCAGAACUGGUACCACGGGCGCUGUGUUGGCAUCUUGCAAAGUGAGGCAGAGCUCAUUGAUGAGUAUGUCUGUCCACAGUGCCAGUCCACAGAGGAUGCCAUGACAGUGCUCACACCACUGACAGAAAAAGAUUAUGAAGGCUUGAAGAGGGUGCUGCGCUCCUUACAGGCCCAUAAGAUGGCUUGGCCUUUCCUUGAGCCGGUAGACCCCAAUGAUGCGCCAGAUUAUUACGGUGUCAUUAAAGAGCCGAUGGACCUUGCCACCAUGGAAGAACGAAUACAAAAACGGUAUUAUGAAAAGCUGACAGAGUUCGUGGCAGAUAUGACCAAAAUUUUUGAUAACUGCCGUUACUACAAUCCCAGUGACUCCCCCUUUUAUCAGUGUGCAGAAGUUCUUGAAUCAUUCUUUGUACAGAAACUAAAAGGAUUCAAGGCCAGCAGGUCUCAUAACAACAAGCUGCAGUCUACAGCUCCUUAGAGCUCAGCGUGUCACCUAAGCUAGACACAGCGAGAGGCUGGCGCUCUGAACUAUAAAGUAAAGCGCCAGAUGUUCUCAGUCAGGCUACCCUGACAAGACUUGACCAUAACCUCGUUCCUAUUGGUCACAACAAUCCAGUUGUAUUCUUGGCCAAUUUUGUCCAACGGACAAAGGAAAAGCAAAGUCAACGACACCGUUGUCUUGUCAAGAGCAAAUGGCUUUGCUAUUGUGGCAGAAGCAGGAAACUUUGUUUAUUGAAAAAAAAAAAGAAAGAAAAAAAAGAUACUAUGGGGUCAAGUGUAACUCCGUGGAAAUGCCACCUCUGCUCUUCAGUGAAGAAGCUGCUUAGAGUCUCACAGAAAACUUUGACUGUAUUUAUUUAUUGUUGCAAAAAAGACGCUUUUUUAUUGCUGCCCUCAUUUGUCAGCUAAUUAUUUUUUCUUAUAAAAUCCAGCCCUGGUCACGUGUAUCCAUCGUGUAUCUAUCAUGAUUCCUGUAGGUGACGUACAAGGCGACCUCUAGGUGUCUUUUCUUUCUAUGAAAGGAGCUGCUAUGUACACAUGUGCACACAACUGGGAAUCAACAGUGAGUCUAUCAUUCACAGUAGACACAAACGAAGCUUACGGAAAGGUUGGGCUAAGUGGUCCUGGACUACAGACUUCGUUGCCUUGACUACACCAGUACAGACUGUCAUUUACUCUGCACCGGGCUAAAUGAGCAAAAUCUAUUUGAAGGUAUCUUGUUUGUAAACAUUUGUCAGAUUCUAAUUUUUUUUCUUUUUGUAUUAAAAUUCAACUAUGGAUGUAUAUGAAUCGAAAUAAAUGGAGAUCAUUUUUCUCCCCCA